UGUCUCUUUUUUUUUUUUUUUUUUUUUUAGGAGCGAUUUCCACUCGGGGUGUGUGUUUUUUAGUUGCAGAGUGAAUUUCGCUGAGUUUGUUGUAAACGCUGCGAGUCCGUGCUUCUUGGUUUGCGAGACCUUGCUGUUUCUGCCCUGGAUUUACAUCGCUUUGUUUCGGAUUGUGGUUUCUUGUUAUCCCUGGAAAUCUGGCUCUGAAUCACGAGCUCGGCAGUUUGUGUCUGACUUCACUUUCUUGUAUCGUCAAGUAAUCAUUUAGCAUCACCAGCGGAAGCGGAACAUAAGGACCACCUGAACUCCCAACAUGUUGAGUUUUUGGCGGCGGACCCUCGGGCGCCGGUCGAUUCGCAAACACGCUGAAAAGGAGCGUCUGCGGGAGGCGCAGAGAGCCUCCACUCACAUCCCCGCAGCGGGAGAAGCCAAGUCCAUCAUCACCUGCCGGGUGUCGCUGCUGGACGGGACGGACGUCAGCGUGGACCUGCCGAAAAAAGCCAAAGGGGAGGAGCUGUUUGAGCAGAUCAUGUACCACCUGGAUUUAAUAGAGAAGGAUUAUUUUGGGCUCCGUUUUAUGGAUUCGGCUCAAGUUCCGCACUGGCUGGACAAUACGAAGAGCAUCAAGAAGCAAGUGAAGAUCGGACCGCCGUACUGCCUCCACCUCCGUGUGAAGUUCUAUUCGUCGGAGCCCAAUAACCUGCACGAGGAGCUCACCAGGUAUCUAUUUGUGCUGCAACUAAAGCAAGAUAUUCUCAGUGGAAAGUUGGAAUGCCCCUUCGACACGGCAGUAGAGUUGGCAGCCUUUUCCUUGCAGGCCGAGCUUGGUGACUGUGAUCCUGCGGAGCAGGGCCCUGAGCUGGUGUCAGAGUUCCGCUUCAUUCCUGAGCAGACAGAGGACACGGAGCUGUCAAUCUAUGAGAAGUGGAAGGAGUGCAGCGGUCAGAUGCCAGCCCAGGCUGAAAUUAACUACCUAAACAAAGCGAAGUGGCUGGAGAUGUAUGGAGUGGACAUGCACACUGUGAAGGCCAGAGAUGGAAACGAGUACAAGUUGGGGCUGACCCCCACUGGAGUGCUGGUGUUUGAGGGAGAGACCAAGAUAGGCCUGUUCUUUUGGCCGAAGAUAACCCGGCUGGAUUUCAGGAAGCACAAGCUCACGCUCGUGGUGGUCGAGGAUGAUGAGCAGGUAAUGCAGGAAGCUGAGCAGGGGAAAGAGCAGGAGCACACGUUUGUGUUCCGCAUGGAUCAUCCCAAGGCUUGCAAGCACCUGUGGAAGUGUGCUGUGGAGCACCAUGCCUUCUUCAGGCUGAGGGGACCUGUCCAGAAAGGCGUGGCCCGGUCCAGCUUCAUUCGCAUGGGGUCUCGCUUCAGAUACAGUGGUAAAACGGAGUACCAGACAACGAAGGACAACAAAGCGCGGCGGUCAGCUUCAUUCGAGCGCAGGCCCAGCAGGCGCUACUCCAGGAGGACCAUGCAGCUCCGAGGUACACAGCUGUCGAGCCGCGAGCACGCCAGCGCUGUGAAUAAUGAGCGGGUCACAGCACAUCAAGGGAGCAGAAAUCAAGACGCAAAAGCACAGAACCAUGUCUUUAACCAGAACAAUGGUGCAAAGGUGCUGAACAAGCGCCCCACCCUGCCUGUCGUCGCUGCAGUGCCUGCCACCCCCGUCCCACUGGAGAUUGAGACCCUCCCCCGGAGCCCCGGAGCCAGCCAAUCAGAGAAGAUGAGCUUGCCCCUGAUUGCUGAUUUGCUAGACAGUCAGGACCUGUUGGAGACUUGCAUUGACGAGUUCAUUCGGGUGCCCGUUACCAUGACAACAGCAGGCAUGCCUGAAGAGGAGGGCCCCAGCAUGGGUGCUUCAGGGUCCAAUGAAAACGCAGAAGAGAAUGUGGCUUUGAGCGUGUAUGAAGAUUCUGCAACACGAAGGAAGCGUUUAGAGAUCGAGAGCAUUGCUGUGUCUGCUGCUCCCAGGUCCAAUAUCAAUGUCAAUAUGAACAGUCGGGAGGAGGUAGUGAAGCUGACAGAGAAGUCCCUGAACAAUGUGACCAGCAGCUCAGUCGUGGCUCUGAGUCGCCCCCCGGAGGCGCUGAAGAGCAACAUCCUGAAAGCACAGGCAGAGGCAGCCUUGAAGGUAACGAGAGAGGACACUCUGGUGACGGGGGACAAAAACUGCAACCUUCAGGAAGCAGUCUCCAGGAAUAUGGUUCUGUUCGGAAGGACAGGGAGCAGCUCUGUCUCCCCACCACUGGUACCAGUGAGACCGGAGCGGCAGGACUCCAGGGACCUUCUCAGAACCACGGUCACGCCCAGUGAUGAAGUCCAGCCUGUGCCCCUCUCUGAAGAUCAUCUUUCUCCAGCCACAGCUUUCUCUGCAGAACCAGACAAAGAUGCCACCGUGGGCUUAAAGAGUAAAAUGGAGGAACUGGACAGUCUGCUGUCAUCUCUAACUGAGAAUCUGAUUGAUUUUACCGAAGCCACACCACUGGCUCAGACCAAGCCAGUAAUGACUCCCAGGUGGAUUGUGCCAGCAAGUACAAGUGGAGUGUUUACCAAUUGCCUUGUAGAAAGUGAUGCCACUCCCCCCACCGCCACCUCCUCCACAGAGAGAGUGCAGCUGAAUCCGGAGUCUCUCGGCCUGACUGCAGGAUCAUCAGUGACUAAGAGGCCUGCAGGGAUUGCUACAAGCAUCGUGAACAAUCAAGAGAAGGAGGAUAUGAUGAAGCCCAAGCGCCUGCUGACCACGGAACUCUGAGGAGGACACGCCCCUUUUCUCUAUUGGACGAUUCCUCCACAUGCUGUCUCUCCUUAACAAAACUAAAACUGGAUUACAGUACCACAACUGGAAAAAUAUAUUCUAAGGAUUUCUCUUUUUUUAUUUAUUUAUUUUUUAAGAUUUUAUCUACUUGAUGAAAUGUUGAUCUACCAAUACCAGCGGCAGAGGGAUAAAUCAUCCCUACUUUGUCAGCUACUUGACCCAGACGGGGCUCCAGCGUGGGGCCCGGACAAGCCAUUGCUGAUGUGGGAGAGAGGCAGGGGUGCACUCUGAUUGUUGUCUUAAGCCCUGCGUGAAAGCCUUGUUCUUAACCCUCAUUCACAUUCCUCAACGUGUCACAGAGCUGCAGUUUCAAGUAGAUUCUAGAAGGUUAUUUUAUUUAUUUAUUUUUAUUUCAUUUAAUUUUGUAGGUGUGCUGUAUAUUUAUCUAGUCUACUGGUAAUAGCAGCAGAUUUGAUCCCAGCCACGUAAUGAUUUUUUCAUUUCUUCCCCUGUAAGAAACAAUGACUUCUUGCAGUUACACAACAGCAGAGACACGUUGGACGCCACAGUGAGACAGGUGUUCGUGUUCCUUGAAAUCCUAUUGAAUGUUCACAGGUAGUUUAUACAGGUGCUGGUAUGUGGGGUGUCUCUGUCAGAAAUGAGGGGGUAUUUUGAAGCUACAGUAAGAACGUGAUGUGUCUGAAUGAGGUAUUGUCUGGCACCUAAAGACGUGUUAAAUGUUUGGAGGAUUGUUGCUAAUCUCACUGACUUUAAGGCUUAGUUUGUGAACUCCAGGGAUUGCCUCUGAUUAGAAAUGUUUACUGAGCUUCAGUCAUUCCAAAUGUUAUGCUGAUACAGUUCCCAUUAAAGGUGAUCUGGCUGAGUUUUAGUAGUCUGGGAUACAGGUGCAGUGUGUGUGUGUGUGUGUGUGUGUGUGUUUAAAAACAGUACCUGCAGUGAGUAACCUUCAGGUAAGAAGCCAGUGAUUUGGGCAGAAGGCUCGCUCUUGCAGUUAUUGUGUGUUGUUUUUUUUUUUUUUUGUUUUGUUUUUUAUAUCAAAGUGGUUUUCAUUAAGCAGAGUGUCUGUCUUGGUUUUAAACAUGAUCCUGAUUCUAAUGAGCAUCUUGAACUGCAGCAGUGCCGUUGUGUUUCAGAGAAGUGAGUCUCGCUCUCUCGUCUGCUCUCUCAAGAACCUUUCAUGCGGAGCGUUCACUCUUCCUUUUAUUAUUGGUUAUUGAUGAAUGCACAGCUACAGUAUAGUUUAACCCCUUAAGGUACACCAUUUAUUUAAGAUGAGUCUGAGUGACUCGAGUAUCAUGAGGAAUUGACAAUUCAGAUGACCAGAUCCAAACCGUCAGUAAGUUUGAAACCCUGUUACGCACACCUCAUUGCAAAAUAAGAAAGUUUAUUUGUGGGACGCAUGGCCCUUGUACUUCAAAGGGUUAAGGUCUACUUAAUAAGAAGGUGUAAAAGUAUAGAAAUGUUUUUGUAUUGGUAUUAUAUAAAUGUAUAAAUCUACUGUAUACACUGAGGUGCAUAUCGUACUGAACAGCCACACUGUGCACGCUGGGUUUAUAGCACUGUCUGCCCAUGUAAGUGCAAUUCGCUGUAGCUCUUGAGCUGUGAUUUUAUUAUUUUUAUAAAAGUACUUUUUUUGUUUCACUUUGUAUAUUUCACAGUGUAGCGUAGAUGUAAAAUCCUGUAUUGGAAGGCACUGCACUGAUUUAUAUAUUUCGUAUGUACAAAGAUUUUUGUAGUGCACCUGAAGCUUCUUUGUAUAAUGUAACCAUUCUCUUGAAAUAAUUUAAAUAAAAUGUACUAGAGUUGCA